AUGUUGUACGUGGUUACAGGACCAAACAAAGUGAAUGGAUUUGCCUCAAUUGGGAUCUCAAAGAAGCUCCACACCUCCAAGUUCGUCUGCUUCACGAUCAUGUACCUUCUGUGGGUAGUGGCGACCUACUACGCCCAAGUGCAAGCUUUCCAAUGGCGCGUGGCAGCGCUCUUUUGGUCGUGCUUCGGCGGCGUCGAAAUGCUGCGGGACUUCGGCUUGGCCGAGAACUUCAG